ACUCAAUCCUAAUUUCCUAAAUACUCUGUCUCCCAUAGCUCCCUUCUUCCAGGCCCUGGCCCUCUCCCAGGCACCCAGGCUCCCAGCCCCCCCCCCCCCCCCCCCCUCCCCUCCCUCCCCGACUCCCUCGCCCGGUCGCCACCGCCCGCCCCCCGCCGACGCUGCACAGGCCGCCCGGCCGCGCCCAUCUCACACCGGUGCCACACGGCCGCGCCCGCCCGCCCGCCCAUCCCCGCACCGUCGCCUCGCCUGCCGACCUCCCCGCCCUCGCCUGCAGCUCUCCCCGGCCGGCCAACCAGCACCGCGCUCCCCUCCGCGCGCCUCGGUGCCGCCCCGGCCCCCAGGCUCCGCUCCGCGCCUACGGCCUCGGAGGCUCGGACCCCUGCUCCCCGCGGCCAUGGCUGCUAUCAUGUUUUCGAGCUGGCUCACGAGCUGAAGAGCCAGCUCGACCUGGUAAACGACCGAGCCGAGCCUGAUUUCUAGCACGUGAACGUGCAGAUAACGAGCCGAGCCGAGCUGGCUCGACAUCCAGUAGGCCCUACCCAAACAACUAACGCUGUCGCCCCCAACUAGCCGUAUCGCCAACCACCAUCGUCUCUCCCCGGACUCCUGAUCCUCCGCCGGCCGCUCCUCCCGCCCCCGCGAGGCUCCGCCCUCGAUUCGUGAAGAGGAAUGGAGGCUCAUUCGGCCUUGGACUAAUUUCCUCUUUUCGCUGGUUAUUCUUCCUCAGCGCGUAGGAUCAACAUAGCCGAAGCUGAAACUGCCGGUGAAGUUUAUUAAACCAAGACUUUUGGGGCUCAACGUUGUCCCCAUGUCCUACAUUAAACCCGGCCAUGCUUCAGGCCGGGAUGCGGUGUUCUGGUCGGAUAGAAUGAACGAAUAUCUCAUCGAUUCGCUGCUUCACCAGCAAUCCAUUGGGAACAGGGGUGAGGCCAAGUUCUUCUCGGCAGCAUAUGACAGCAUCGUCACUGGUGUUGGUGAAAGGUUUGGGGUGGCAAUUGACCGGAACAAUAUCAAAAACCGCCUCAAGUAUAUCAAGGAAACGUUUUACGAGUGCAAGAGCGUCCUUGGUGAAGAUACUCGGAUUAAGUGGUGCCCAGAGAGCAGAAGAUUCAAUGCCGACCCCAAUGUUUGGAGGGAGUUGAUCCAGAGAAAACCGGAGGCAAAAAAAUGGAUGACGAAGACAAUUGAUCAUUAUGAUAGGUUAAUGGAGUUAUUUGGCAAUAAAGACAGGGAAAAACGUCAGGUUGUCGAGAGUCCAAAAGAUACUCCGAAGAAAAAACCGCGAACAGAACCACCAAAGGAGAGACUUCAACGUACUCCAUUAAAUGGUCAGGAGUUAACCACUGAUGAAAGUUUAGAUAAAAUGGAGGACAGAAGUGAGAUGCCUGAUGAGGCAAUGACACCUGUGGAACUUGAUUUGUCAGAAUUGUGCAGAACUGAGAAUGGCAUUGUUGCCAUACCUGUACGUGCCAAUUCAUAUGGUAAAGGUCUACCCUAUGCUCCUGAAAAUUGGCCACGUUCUGGAGAUAUAUGGUACUGGAGAGUGGGAAACAGGACUUCUGGCGCGGGCCAUUGGGCUGACAGGUAUCUUGCGCCACCAUCGCGUUUCCGUGAAGCUACUCGUAAGAGGUUAGGAUUUGCAAGUAGAAUACAAGUUGAAGAAUUUGUUAAGAGGGAGUUUCCAGAUGUUGAUCCUAGCACAUUCUUUUCUAUGUUUAUCUGGAAGAUCCCUGCUGGAGGAUACAGGAUCCAAAAAGGCACCAAACAAGUCACUGAACAAGUGAGGCUCCAUGAACCUGAACCUGAUGUGGCUGAUCCAGCUGGCCCAUGUAAGGCUAGGAAUAGCUUGUGCAGCCUUGAAAGAGAAGGAUUUAUUGAAUCAUCACCAGCACAGGCUUGUAAUAUUUGCUGCACAGUGCCUGGUUUCUGUCGUGAGUGCUGCUGCAUUCUCUGUAACAGGACCGUUGACCAUUCUUUUGGAAGUUACAGCUGCAUAAAAUGUGAGGCAGUUGUGGAAGAGAACUACAUAUGUGGGCAUGUUGCACACCUUGAUUGUGCUCUUCGAUGUUACAUGGCUGGAACUGUUGGAGGAAGUAUAGGCUUGGAUGUCCAAUAUUACUGCAGACGUUGUGAUAACAAAACUAACUUAAUGAUGCAUGUGGAGAAACUCAUGGAAACAUGUCAAUCUCUCGGGUCAAGGGAUGAAAUUGAACGUGUGCUGAAUAUGGGCUUAUGCCUCUUGCGAGGCUCAAGACAAACGAGAGCAAAAAGUUUGGAGAACCGUAUGGGAUCAGCGAUGGCUAAGCUGAAAUCGGGGGUUGACCUUGUUGAAGUUUGGAAAGUGGAUCACAAUGAGGGCAGGGCAACUCCCAGUGCAGGCGAAAAUUCCCCACCAACCAGUGGUGUGACUGUGCUUGGGAUUCUGCAAGUUCCUGAAGCGGGUGCACUUCCAGGGCAUCCAGAUCUAAUAGAUCCACUGGUUGAUAAUGAUUUCGAAACGGCUGUUGAAAAUCUUCCAGUGUACAUUACUGGGGAUCACAAUGUCAUGGCUGCCAAAUUUGAGGAUGAGAUAGAUCUUGCCCUUCAAGAACUGAAAAAAUCUCAGGAAGUGGAACAUACUGUGGCAGAACAGAGGCUUUAUUCUCAAAAAGAUCACAUCCUUAGCCUUUAUAGGCAGCUUGAGUCUGAAAGAGCUCAGCUUGCUGAUCCCAUGCCCUUAGCUGGCACUUCAAAUUAUGGUGUGAUGCUUGCCAAUGUAUUAAGCCGCGUGGACCAAGUAAAGCGUGAGGAGGGGAAGUUUAAAUCCAUGCUGAAAAUUGCUGGUGGAUUUGCGAAAGCACCAGAAAGCAUCACAAAGGAGUUCUUUGGGUUGGCUGCUGAUAGGUAGGUAGUAAUCAACUAGCUCAGGACUUUGCAAUUGGUAGGUUACCACCGAAUCGAAUUUAGGUGUGGUGCUACAAUUGUAUGGGUUGUACAAAUCCUAGCAAGGGGUCGCCCUCUUAGGGUUACCCCAUCAGUCUGGUUUGGACGAAACUGUUAAGUGCUGUGGAUGCGCAGGUUAUCUGUGGACAUGCGUUGUUGGGAACAGUCGUUCAAUGAUAUGUACUGAAUGAACUGAAUAUGUUUGCUCCAGGUUUUCUGCGUCGGUUUACUAGAUUCAUGCGAUCAUAAA